GUAUUGGUCUUUUCUCUGAAACAGAAAGGGAGAGGAGAGCUAGAGGAAGAAGAUGAAUAUAAAGAGUUCCGGAAGCAUAAGAUCGAUAUUCAUGCACGCGGACGGUGUCGGUGUAGAUUGGAUGUUGAUGGCACUAGGGUUGAUUGGAGCAGUUGGUGAUGGCUUCAUAACUCCUAUUGUAUUUUUUAUCUCCAGCAUGCUACUGAACGACCUGGGUGGUUCCUCUUUCAAUGAUAAAACGUUCAUGCAAGCCGUCUCCAAGAAUUCUAUAGCUUUGCUGUAUGUCGCUUGUGCUUCUUGGGUUGUAUGUUUCCUUGAAGGAUAUUGCUGGACAAGAACAGGGGAGAGACAAGCGGCAAGAAUGAGAGAGAACUACUUAAGAGCAGUGUUAAGCCAAGAUGUGAGUUACUUUGAUCUUCAUGUCACAAGCACUUCUGAUGUUGUUACUAGUGUCUCAUGUGACAGUCUCGUCAUUCAAGACGUCAUUAGUGAAAAGUUACCGAACUUUUUGAUGAAUGCAUCUGCGUUUUGUGCAAGCUACAUAGUAGGUUUCAUCUUGUUAUGGAGAAUGGCACUCGUAGGUUUCCCUUUUAUCGUCCUCCUCGUGAUCCCUGGACUAAUGUACGGACGAGCACUCAUCAACAUCUCAAGGAAGAUACGCAAGGAGUACGAUGAGGCUGGUUCAAUAGCUGAGCAGGCCAUGUCAUCGGUUCGAACCGUCUACGCAUUUAGUAGUGAGAAGAAGAUACUAGCAAAGUUCUCAACUGCACUUCAACAGUCAGUAAAGUUAGGGGUAAGACAAGGGCUGGUUAAAGGAAUCGCCAUUGGGAGCAAUGGUAUCACUUAUGCUAUCCGGGGGUUCAUGACUUGGUACGGAAGUCAGAUGGUUAUGAAACAUGGCUCCAAAGGCGGUACUAUCUAUGCAGUCAUUGUCUGCCUCACCUAUGGCGGCGCAACACUUGGUCGAGGUUUAUCGAAUAUCAAAUAUCUAUCAGAAGCAUUUGUAGCAGGAGAACGGAUUAUGAAAGUUAUGAAAAGAGUCGCUGUUAUUGAUUCAGACACUUUAGAAGGCCAGAUUCUAGAGAUAAUUAGAGGAGAAGUCGAAUUCAAAAAUGUGAGGUUCACCUACCCGUCUAGACCCAAAACCCCAAUCUUUGACAAUUUGUGUCUAAGAAUUCCAUGUGGGAAAACCGUGGCUCUGGUGGGUGGAAGUGGAUCGGGAAAAUCAACUGUGAUAUCGCUUUUACAGAGGUUAUAUGACCCAAUCGCAGGAGAGAUUCUCAUUGAUGGUGUGUCCAUUAGCAAGUUGCAAGUGAAGUGGCUGAGAUCACAAAUGGGUCAUGUUAGCCAAGAGCCCGCGCUCUUCGCCACAUCAAUAGAGGAGAACAUAUUAUUUGGUAAAGAGGACGCAUCCAUGGAUGAAAUAAUGGAAGCUGCAAAGUCCUCAAAUGCUCAUGAUUUCAUUUCCCAGUUCCCUCUUGGUUACAAAACUCAGGUUGGGGAGAAAGGAGUUCAAAUUUCGGGAGGACAAAAGCAGAGGAUCGCAAUCGCACGUGCAAUAAUCAAGUCACCAAAAAUUCUUCUUCUCGACGAGGCAACAAGCGCAUUAGACUCGGAGUCUGAAAGGGUAGUCCAAGAAGCCAUAAACAAUGCCUCUGUUGGUCGUACAACUAUUGUUAUAGCCCACCGUCUCUCAACCAUUCGUAAUGCUGAUGUUAUAUGUGUAAUCCACGAUGGUUGCAUUGUAGAAACAGGAUCGCACAAAGAGCUCAUGGAGAGGUUAGAUGGUAGAUACACUUCUCUAGUCCGCUUACAACAGAUGGAAAAUGAAGAAUCAGACAGCAUAAAUGUGAACGAGGAUCAACUCUCAAGUACUUUGAACAAUGACUUGAACUAUAAUCCAAGAGACUCUGUUCAAAGCACGAGUUCAGGCAUUGAUACAUAUCAUACUGAUUUGAUUUCUAAGGAUAAGAAGCCGCUUAUCCCAUCAUUUAACAGAUUAAUGGCAAGGAAUAGACCAGAAUGGAAACAUGCAUUAUAUGGUUGCUUAAGUGCAGCCUUAUAUGGGGCUGUACAACCAAUUUACGCAUAUUUUUCAGGAUCAAUGGUGUCAAUGUUUUUCCUAACAAGCAACGACGAGAUCAACGAGAAAACAAAGAUCUAUGUGAUGUUAUUUGUUGGUCUAGCUCUAUACACUUUUUGGGUCAAUAUCAUUCAACAUUACAGUUUUGCCUACAUGGGCGAAUACUUAACAAAACGUAUUCGAGAACAAAUGCUCUCAAAGAUAUUGACGUUUGAAGUCAAUUGGUUUGAUGAAGAUGAGAACUCGAGUGGGGCAAUUUGCUCAAGACUAGCAAAAGAUGCUAACAUGGUGAGAUCGCUGGUUGGUGAACGAAUGUCAUUGUUGAUACAUACCAUAUCAGCAGUGAGCAUAGCUUGCACAAUUGGUUUGGUCAUCGCUUGGCGAUUCAGCAUCGUGAUGAUUUCGGUGCAACCAAUGAUUGUUGUGUGCUUCUACACGCAACGUGUUCUGCUCAAGAGCAUGUCGAAAAAGGCCAUCAAAGCUCAAGAUGAAAGUAGCAAACUAGCUGCAGAGGCUGUGUCUAACAUACGAACCAUCAUAACAUUCUCUUCACAAGAACGAAUCAUAAAACUGCUUAAAAAGGUACAAGAGGGUCCUCGGCAAGAAAGCAUCCACCAAUCAUGGUUAGCAGGGAUUGCACUGGGGACUUCACGAAGCCUCAUAACAUGCACUUCGGCUUUGAAUUUCUGGUACGGUGGUAAAAUGAUUGCUGAUGGGAAGAUGGUAUCAAAAGCAUUUUUUGAGCUAUUUUUGAUCUUUAAGACUACAAGUCGGGUUAUUGCUGAUGCUGGGACCAUGACGACAGAUCUAGCAAAGGGCUCGAAUGCAGUUCAGUCAGUGUUUGCAGUGUUAGAUCGUUCCACAAGAAUUGAGCCAGAGAAUCCGAAUGGAUACCUCCCAAAAAAUAUAAAAGGGCAAAUUAGAUUUCUCAAUGUGGACUUUGCAUACCCCACACGACCUGAUGUGACAAUAUUCAAGGACUUCUCCAUUGAGAUCAACGAGGGGAAGUCAACAGCGAUCGUGGGUCCAAGCGGGUCAGGUAAAUCCACAAUAAUUAGCUUGAUCGAGCGGUUUUAUGACCCGCUAAAGGGUAUUGUGCAAAUUGAUGGACAUGAUAUAAGGUCGUUUCACCUGAGAUCACUUCGUCAACACAUAGGUUUGGUUAGCCAAGAGCCAACGUUAUUCACCGGGACAAUCCGAGAGAACAUCAUGUUUGGAGGAGUAUCAGACAAGAUCGAUGAGUCGGAGAUUAUCCAGGCGGCUAAGGCAGCGAACGCUCACGAUUUCAUCACAUCAUUAGCAGACGGUUAUGACACAAAUUGUGGAGACAGAGGAGUACAAUUGUCUGGUGGUCAAAAACAGAGGAUCGCGAUCGCUCGAGCAGUUUUAAAAAACCCAUCGGUGCUGCUCCUCGACGAAGCUACAAGCGCUUUGGACAGCCAAUCAGAGCGCAUGGUGCAGGACGCGCUCGAGCGUUUGAUGGUUGGGAGGACAAGCGUUGUGAUCGCACAUAGGCUUAGCACAAUCCAGAACUGCGACACGAUUGCUGUUUUAGAAAACGGGAAAGUAGUCGAAUGUGGGACACAUUCUUCUCUUUUGGAAAAGGGUCUCACGGGCUCUUAUUUCUCAUUGGUCAGUCUCCAAAAAACUCUCUGUUGAAUACACGAAGUCUAAAACAUGAGUCACAUUUCAUGUAUUCUUUCAGUGAAAGUUUAAUUAUUGUAGCCAGUAUACUUUAGGGAAGCUAGUGACAUAUAAAAAAGGUAACAGUUACUGAUCUGUGUCAUACUUGAGUGAAAAAAAGUAAUGUAAUUGACUAUUAAAAGUUGGUAUGAGUU